AUGACCAGCUUCUUGUUACAAGACGGAUGGGCUUUUCCACGUCCAGCCUUACACUUGAGUUCCAGGCGGCCCGGCCCGGGCAGGACUGCAGCCCCGGGCGAGGCGCCCGCGGCGGAGAACGGCCUCUGCGGUGCGCGGCGCCCGCGCGGGACGGGCCUCGGGGACCUGGAGCCCGGUUUGCCCGCCCCAGGGCGCAGGGCGGCGGCGAGGGGGCUGUGGGAGGACUUGAGAGGCGCGGCGGGGCCCGAGAUGGGCCUGUCCCGGGGCCCCCAGCAUGAACGGCCGCAGGAGGCGGCGGCGGCGGCCGGACACGAGUUCCAGCUGCCAAAUGAGAGGAGCUUCCAGAAUGCUGCUAAAAGCAAUAAUUUGUAUCUUACGGAGAAGCUGUUUGAAAAGAAGGUUAAUAUUAAUGCUGUGAACAAUAUGAACCACAUAGUCUUGCAUUUUGCAGUGGGGACAAAUGGUUUAUCUGCUGUGGAUUUCUUGCUUAAUCACAAGGUCAGGGUGGAUACUGCUGAUAAGCUCAUCAUUUGGAAGCAUGGCUUGACACUUCUUCACCUUGCAGCCUGUUCUGGAAGUCUGGAGAGCAUGCUCAUGUUGGUUAGAGCUGGAGCGGACCAGAGAGCCGAGAGGCAGGAUGGAGUGAAUGCCCUCCACUUUGUAGCUCAGAGCAAUAACAUGCGCAUCGUGGACCACCUCAUUCAAGAUCUGUACCUGGAAGACCUGGACCAGCCUGAUGAGAAGGGAAGAAAACCAUUUCUUUUGGCAGCAGAGAGGAGCCACAUCGAAAUGAUAGAAAAACUUAUCUUCUUUAAUCUGCAUACUACAGAAAAGGACAAGGAGGGGAGCCCGGCCCUGCACCUCGAAGCAAAGCGUGGGCACAACCCUGUGGUCCAAUGUACAUGCAGUGUGCGGUGGGAGCACAAAGGAAAAUCUGUUUCAGAAAUACCAGACCUCCCAGACGAGGUCAUACACCACGUGGGUCUGGGCAUUCGAAUGAACAUGGUACCAGGAGGCCGGAGGCGGACACCAGGGCUCUUGGCAGAGCACGGAGUGACUCAUAGGACUAGGCUUGAGUGUGGUGCUCUCCAAACAUUCCGGGUACCUGUCUGUCCCCAGUCUGCAGCCGGUCUGAAAAGGGCCCCGGAAAGGCCUCCCGCAUCAACACUCCCCUCCCCGGCUCUCUCCCCUGGCCUGUUCCGUGGCUGGGCGCCUCCCUCCUGUACUUCGUUAUUUGGCCCUCCAAAGGGUUUUGCUCCGUUAUGCCUUUCACAUGCUCCGUGUUCGCCCCGCCUUGCCAGGACUGCAGGCUCCACGUGCCCCCCUCCCCGAGUUCAUUCGCACACUUCCUGGAUCAACACCCCCACCGCUGUCCACACCUGUGUCUGCCCAGCCGUAAAGACCCCGGGCACGCAAGCGGAGCGAAGCGAUAUCAGUGCAACCUGGACAUCACUUGUCAGCUUUCUUCUCAGUGAGAACGUUGAUCUGCACCAGAUGAUGGAACCGAAGGCGUCCCCUCUUCAUUUAGCUGUUCUCAACAACCAUGUCACAAUGGUGAACAGCUUAUUAAGUGCACGGCAUGAUGUUGAUAUCUUAAAUCAGCAAGGGAAGACUGCCCUGGCUGUGGCCGCAAGGAGCAGCCGCAGCCUCCCCAUGGACGUGCUCAUCAAAGCUGAGAGGCACUAUGCCUAGAGAGAGAGAAAGGCUGGGGUGCAAAAGACCCUGCGUUUUAAAACCUUAAACAAUUAUGAGCCAGUCAUUCCUACCAUUCCUAUCCCAGCUUCUGUUCACAAAGUCCAGAUGCUAGAGAAAGGUCUUGCUGUGCCCCUCCACCAAGUUUCCCGGGAGUUUUUGUGGACCUUCCGGAGGAGGGUACUGAUGCUGAGCAGAGUGAGAACAUCAAGGGACACAUCAACCCGCUCUACUCUGACGUUCAGGCAGGAUCACAGCCUGGAGACCAGGCACAUUCGCAGUCUGCUCCGGCACCCGGCUGACUGUCAGCUGAAGGCCAAUGAGCGGCAGAGGCUGGCCAGUUCGCGGAACUUUACGCACGCCCAGAGGACUUUGAUCCGUGUUAAGCACAGUAGGCGUCAGCAUCUGCCCUUUGUGCUUGGCUCAGGAAAGGAGAGCUUCUGCGAACACGGCCACAGGGCUCUGCUUAUUUGGCUGCACGGGGCCCUGGCGACACAGGCCACGCCGGUCAAGCACCUGUACGAGGAGCUUUAGGUGCGCACGGACUUUCCAGAACCAGCUGGUGAGUUAGGCUUUUCAACAAACAGGUGGAAACUGCUGCUCGCUUAAAACAGUCGAGGACAGUUGGCAGAAGUGCUCCCCUGAGCCGCGGCAGUCCCAGCAGGGCGU